AUGGCACCUCAUUCUUCGCAAUCCUCCGCACCCUCCCCGUCGUUGAAACGAAAGCAAGCAAGUAUCUCCAGCUUCUUCGCUCAGAAAUCCGCUCCCUCGGCCACGCCCAAAGAGUCCGCACCGGCCCCGGCCCCGGCCAAGGCACCUAAGAAACGGCAAGCGUUGCCCGCCGACAAGAUCGGGCCGAAGCAAGGCGAUAUCACCCCGGCAGAUGAUGAUGACGAUGAUGACGAUGAUGACGAGGAUAUCGUGGCGCCGGCAUCAAAGCGAGCCAAGACCACCGGCACAGACGCGGAGGAGCCAAUCCGAGUUGCGACAAGCAUACACUUCGAGCAUACAUCUCAGGCAAGUAGCAGCCAACGCACUGAUAUCUUCAAGUUCCAGAGCUCCCCUGCUGUUGCGCCAGUCCCCGCAGAGGAGGAAGACCCAGAGCAGCUACAGCGGAAGAAGGAGAAGGAGAAGCUGCACCAGAAAUUCGUCCGGAAGCUCGGUGGGUCAGAUUGCCAGGUUGGGAUUGGGAGAAUCGCAGUGACCGAUGCAGCCAGCGCGGAAGCGGAAGCUGCAGAGGCCGAAGAAGAGGACGAGCCUGCACCACCUCCCCCGACUAAAGGGAAGGGUGCGAAGAAGGGCGGCAGCAAGCUCACGCCCAUGGAGAAGCAGGUCAUUGAGAUCAAGCGUCAGAAUAUGAACACGGUGUUGGUCAUUGAAGUGGGAUACAAGUUCCGGUUCUUCGGAGAGGAUGCGCGCAUUGCGGCCAAGGAGCUAGGCAUUGUGUGUAUCCCCGGGAAGUUCAGAUUCGACGAACAUCCAUCCGAGGCACACAUUGGCCGGUUUGCUUCGGCUAGUAUCCCCGUGCACCGGUUACACGUACACGUGAAGCGACUCGUUACGGCCGGCCACAAGGUCGGGGUGGUGCGACAGAUCGAGACGGCUGCGCUCAAGGCUGCGGGUGAUAAUCGCAACGCGCCAUUUGUUCGCAAAUUAACCAACCUCUACACGAAAGGAACCUAUAUCGAUGACGCUGAAGGUCUGCAGGGUCCUGCGCCGGCGGCGGGAGGCGCCUCCCCUGCCACUGGGUACAUGCUCUGUAUGACGGAGACCAAUGCCAAGGGCCCUGGGAAUGACGAGCGAGUUCAUGUCGGGAUUGUCGCUGUCCAGCCGGCUACAGGUGACGUUAUCUACGAUGACUUUGAGGAUGGCUUCAUGCGGAGCGAGAUCGAGACACGACUAUUGCAUAUUGCUCCCUGCGAGAUCUUGAUUGUUGGAGAGAUGUCUCGAGCUAGCGAAAAGCUCGUGCAGCAUUUAUCUGGAAGCAAGAUGAAUGUUUUUGGGGACGCCGUGCGCCUCGAACGGGCUCAGAAGAAGAAAACCUCCGCUGCUGAGGCACACAGCCAUGUAUCGGGAUUUUAUGCAGGAAAGAUGAAGGCUACGAGUACCGAGGAGGAUACUCAAGCUGCGAAGUUGCUUCAAAACGUCCUUGGCCUCCCAGAACAGGUGACUAUCUGUCUUUCUGCUAUGAUCGAACAUAUGACCGAGUAUGGGUUGGAACAUGUGUUUGACCUUACAAAAUAUUUCCAGCCCUUCUCGGCUCGCUCGCAUAUGCUUCUGAACGGAAACACGCUGGUCAGUCUAGAAAUCUACCAAAACCAGACGGAUCUCUCGACAAGGGGUAGUUUAUUUUGGACCUUGGAUCGGACGCAAACGCGAUUCGGACAACGCAUGUUACGGCAAUGGGUUGGAAGGCCUUUGCUGGACAAAGUGCGCCUCGAGGAGCGGACGAAUGCCGUGGAAGAGCUUAUCGAUCCUGCGCGAGCGAUUCCGGUAGAAAGAGUGCGAGGCUUGCUACACAAAGUCAAGAGUGAUCUUGAAAAGGGUUUGAUCCGCAUUUACUACGGAAAGUGCGAGCGACCCGAACUUCUCACUGUUCUGCAAGCUAUGCAGAUGAUUGCAAUGGAAUUUGCAGAUAUCAAAUCACCUGCCCAGACGGGCUUUCAAUCAUCGCUAGUGAGCGAGGCUGUCGCCUCUCUGCCCACGAUCCGAGCGUCAGUCGUCAAGUUUUUGGAUAAGAUCAACAUGCACGCUGCCCGAACCAAUGACAAAUAUACCUUCUUUCGUGAAGCGGAGGAGACAGAGGAGAUUAGUGAACUUAAGCUCCAAAUUGGAAGCACUGAACACGGGUUCUCAGAACACCGCAAAGAGGCAGCGUCAACAAUUGGGAGAGGCAAGGUCGAAUAUUCCACGGUCUCCGGAAUUGAGUACUUGAUCGAGAUCGAAAACAACUCCCCGGCACUCAAGCGCGUCCCAGCAUCGUGGGUCAAAGUCAGCGGCACAAAAAAAGUGUCCCGCUUCCACACACCAGAAGUCAUCCAGCUCAUCCGCGAGCGUGAUCAGUACAAGGAAGCCCUAGCAGCAGCCUGCGACCAAGCCUACAAAACCCUCCUAGCUGAUAUCGCAGCGCAGUACCAGUCCUUCCGGGAUUGCAUCCAAUCCCUCGCAACUCUCGACUGCCUAUUAUCUCUCGCAGAAAUAGCCCAGCAACCGGGCUACGUCAAGCCAGAAUACACAGAAGAAGCAGGCCUCCACAUCGAGCAGGGCCGACACCCAAUGGUCGAGCAACUUCUCACAGACACAUACGUACCCAACGACACGAAUCUACAGCACGACGGCACCCGCGCCCUCCUCGUCACCGGCCCGAACAUGGGCGGUAAAUCCAGCUAUGUGCGACAGGUAGCACUGAUUGCAAUCAUGGGCCAGAUCGGAUCCUACGUCCCAGCAGCUUCUGCCCGACUCGGUCUCCUGGACGCUGUCUUCACACGCAUGGGCGCCUUCGACAACAUGCUCGCCGGGGAAUCGACCUUCAUGGUCGAGCUCUCCGAAACAGCAGAUAUCCUCAAGCAAGCCACACCUCGAUCCUUGGUUAUCCUCGAUGAACUGGGCCGCGGUACAUCGACGCAUGAUGGUGUCGCUAUCGCGCAGGCAGUGCUUGACCAUAUGGUUCGCUCGAUCCAAUCCCUCACUCUUUUCAUCACGCAUUACCAGCAUCUCUCGCGGAUGGUUCAUUCAUUCCCGGAUCAGGCUCUCCGUAAUGUCCACAUGCGGUUCACGGAGACGGGUAGCAAGGACAAUCACGGGGAUGAGGAGAUCACGUUCCUCUAUGAGGUUACUGAGGGAGUUGCGCAUCGCAGUUAUGGAUUGAACGUUGCACGCCUGGCGAAUUUGCCCUCGGCUGUUAUUGACGUCGCCCGUCAGAAGAGUGCUGAGCUGGAGGAGUCUAUCCGGCGGAAGCGGUUGGCUGGGCUUGUGGGUGCGGUUGGUCGGGUCCUUGAUGAUAAGAGUGGUCUCGAGGGAGAGUCUGCUGGUGCUGAUGGCCUUCUUAAUAGGCUCAUGGCCAGUGCGGAGCAGCUGUAG